CGCCCCGACACAUCAGCUGGCAGAUCGGUCAGGCGAAUCAUUCAGGGCUAAACUCAACACACUUUGUAUUUAUAGGACAGAACGAAGAUAGUCUGGGACAUUACAACGGUUUCUUGGAUGAGGAAAAUGAAAAGCAGUUGGAUCUUUUUGUGUGCCGUUUGCAUUUGGUUUCCUGUGACAGCAACACAACGACGCUCCACAACCUGUUACUGUUAUGGUAAGGCACAGUUCUGUAAAGCAGAUCAUCUGGGACUGUACUGUAUAAACUGUAAGGGGAACACAGAGGGACGGCAAUGUGAAAGCUGCAAGGAAGGAUAUUACCACCAGAGGGCAGGAGACAGUUGUGCGCCUUGUGACUGCAACAUUGCAGGUUCUCAAGGAGCAGCCUGCAAUAAUGAGGGGAGGUGUACGUGUAAACAGGGAAUUCAUGGGGAUAAGUGUGACCGUUGUCAUGACGGCUCUCCGGUCGGUGUAAAUGGAUGUAAGCCCUUGAGAUCGAACUGUCGGUCCCGGUCUAAUGGUCAGCUCGCCUACAAUACUGAUGAAUGUCUGCCCUGUUUUUGUAACGGCCACGCAGACACGUGCUCCUCUGCACAGGGUUAUUCCAUUCACAAUAUUACCUCUACCUUCGAACGUGGACCUGAGGGAUGGCGGGCAGCCGAUGCUCAGGGUGUGACCCCUUCACAAAUGCAAUUCAGGUGGUCUCCAACUCACAAAGACCUUGAGGUCAUCUCACAGGAGAUCCUUCCUAUUUAUCUGUAUGCACCAGCAUCCUACCUGGGGAAUCAGGCACUUAGCUACGGUCAGAUGCUGACGUUCUCUCUGCGCUUGGACAGAGGUGUCCGUCGUCCUUCCAGCUCUGAUGUUAUACUUGAAGGAGCCGGUCUUAAAGUGUCUGCAUCACUAGGGGACUUGAGAUCUGUGGUACCCUGUGGCAAAAAAAUCAACUUCGCAUUUAGAUUGGAUGAACAACCCAGCAGCAAAUGGAAACCACAGCUUUCAUCCUCCGACUUUCAAACACUCUUGAGCAAUCUCACAGCCAUUAAAAUAAGAGGAACAUUUGGUGAAAAUGGGCGUGGCUAUUUGGAUGAUGUCGCUCUUAUGUCGGCCAAACUGGGACCUGGCACCCCUGCAGACUGGGUGGAGAAGUGCAGCUGCCCGGCCGGUUACGAUGGAUUGUUUUGUGAGCGCUGUGCCACAGGAUACAGAAGACGUUUCCCUGGUCAAGGCCCUCGAAGCCCCUGCGACCCCUGCUCAUGUCAGGGUGGAACUUGUGAUCCAGAAACAGGAGGCUGUUACUCGGCUGAUGAGAUACCAAGUCUGCAGAUGUGCCCUAAAGGUCAAUAUAUCAACCGGCAACAGUCGAACUCCUGCCUGAAGUGCCCUUGUCCCGAGGGCGAUGCUUGCUAUGUCAGUCCAGAAACAGAGGAAGUGAGGUGUGUCCCUUGUCCUCUAGGAACUACAGGUUCUCGUUGUGAAUUCUGCGACGAGGGGUUUUACGGAGAUCCCCUGGGUGAAUACGGCCCACGCAGACAGUGCCGACCCUGCCAGUGUUUUGGCCACGUGGACCAGAACUGUGACCGGCAAACAGGAGAGUGCCAGAGAUGCCCGAAUCAUAGCACUGGGCCGAGGUGUGAGAACUGCAUAGAGGGAUACCACCACAGUCACCCUGCAGAAUCGUGCCAGGCUUGUAACUGUGACCAGAAAGGCUCUGUGUCAAAUUCCUGCAGUAAUAGCGGUCAGUGCAAGUGUAGGGAAGGUUAUGAGGGACUCAAGUGUGAGAGACCACCAUGCCCAUCUUGCUUCGAUCCACUCAAGAAUAAGAUAGCGGCUUAUACACGACAGCUGCAGGAUAUGGAGAACUUACUGAAUUCAAUAGGAGCUAAUAAUACUCCUAUCAAAGAUGCUCAGAUUGAAAAAACCAUCAAGGCUGCAGAGGUGAUGGUGCAGUCGCUGCAAACCAGAGCAAAUGAACUCACAGAUACAGAGAUAGAGCUUCAGGAGAAGCUUGCCAGCAUCAGUGGCAUGCAGCUGAGACAGGAGAGAAACAUGGAGGAUGUGUCGAAGACAGUGUAUGGCGUCAGAGAUAAAGAUCAACGGUACAAGACUGAAGUUUCUGAAAUCCGAAAGCUUAUCAGUGAAAUCCGGCAAAAACUUCAACAGGCCAAACGGGACGUUCAGGAGAUUGAGUUGCCCUCAGGUGAUGCGGAGGCCGGCUCAGGCACAAUGUCUUAUUUGGUUCAGAAAGCUGCUGAUCUUGCUACACAGCAUCAGGGUGAGGCAGUGACGAUCGAGAACAUAGCCGCUAAUGCGCUGUCAUCAUCUGAGAAGGCCGUAGAUCUCAUACGAUCCGUCAUCGACAGAGAAAAUAAAGUCAGAGACGACAUCAAGGACCUUAAAAAACAGUAUGAAGCAGAUGUAACUAAAGUGAAUGACAUUGAGAGGAAAGGCAUUGAACUGACUGGUUCAGCUGAAAGGGAGAGCGAUUUAGCUCAGACCGCUCUUAAAAAAAUAUCUGAACUGGAGAAAAAUCUGCCAAAGCCUCUGCAGAAAGACAUUGCUAAUGUGGUUUCCUGGUUCGAUGGGCUAAAGGGAGCUGUGGAUGGGAAUAUAACACAAUACCAGGACUUACAGAAGAAGAUGCUCGCUGAACAGAAAGAGGCGGGCGAUUUACUCAAUAAAGCCAAGAAUUUACAAAAGGUUCAAGACAGCCUUCUUGCUAGAGCAAAUGAAGCUGAUGCAGUCAAGAAUAGAUCUCUGGAAAUCUUUGCCAAAAACACGGACAGCUUGGAUAAUACGCUGGAGAAGCUUAAAGGAUUUGAUGACCAGAUCAAUACCCAAAAGAAACUGGCAGAUAAAGCCAUCAGUAAACUGCCUACCAUCGAAGGCAUCAUUCAGAAAGCAAAAGCUGAUAACAUUAAGACUCAGGACAUACUGAAUUCCUUAUCCGGUCCCUACAGAGAUGCUCAAGAUACGAUUGAUGCUCUUAAAAAUACUGCAACCAAACUAGAGGAUAUAUCCAAGUCUCUUCCAUCAUCUGUUGAUGUUAUGAACACUGCCAGUAAACUGAAGGGAGAUUUGGAUGGACUGAACACAGCCGCGUCUUUAACUAAAGACAGACUGAAUAAAGAGACGAGCGGUGUAAAAACACAGAUUAAUCAAGCUAAGGAAGCUGCCAUGGAUGCCACUGGGGCUCUCGAUUAUGCAAAGAAUGCCAGGAAUGCUGUCAGCGAUACCUUAAAGUCAAUCACUGAUAUUAUGGGUUCACUAGGAUCACCCGUAUUAGUCGAUGAGAAACGUGUGUCUGAGCUGGAGAAAGCCGUGGAUGAAAGCCGCCGUCGUGUCGAGAAUGAACUGAGACCCAAACUCAAAGAGCUGGAGGAGAAAGAAGCCCAACAGAGAGAUGCCAUCAAAGCCAUGAUCAAUGACAUCGACACUAUCCUGAUUGACAUUGCCAAUUUAGAGCACAUCCACAAAAUCAUUCCUGAGGGAUGUUAUAGUUUACCACCUAUUGAAAGACCUUAAACGUUUUAACUAUGAAGAGUCGACCUUCAUUGUUUAAACUAUGAACUUACAGACGCAAAUGUAAAAGUAUGGAGUGUUUUUUUGCCAUAACAGUUGUUGUACCAAUGAGUGUGUUUUGUGUUUUUUUUUUUUAAGUAUUUAUUGUUUCGCUUUUUUAUUCAAAAAUAGUUACUGUGAAGUUUGAAAUAAGGUUAAUGAAAAUCUUUUUUGCUUGAUUGUCAAAAAUAUUUGUGUACUUAAUAUAAACCCAUUUGUAACAUCCACUUACUCUAAAAUCUGCUUUGGGCAUCUAGUCAAAUGUGACUCUGGACCACAAAACCAGUCAUAAUUAUGAAAAAUUGAAUAAAUACGCUUUCCACUGAUGUAUGAUUUGUUAAUAUAGAAAAUUGUGAAUCUGAGGGUGCAAAAAUUAAAAUAUUGAGAAAACUGGACUUCCAAAUGAAGUCCCUAUAGCAACAGACAUUACUAAUAAAUAUUUAUUAUAUAGUUAAUGUACAAAUUAUCUUUAUGGAACAUGAUCUUUACUUAAUCUCCUAAUGAUUUUUGGCAUAUUUUUUUAUAAUUUUGAAUUUAUUUUUGGCUAUAUACAAAUAUACCCACGCUACUUAUGGUUUUGUGGUCCAGUGUCCCAAAUAAUGUUUCAAACGUCAAAGAAAUACAAAACUAACCAUUUUGAUUCA